UGUAUACGGGAAAAUAUAGCCUCCAUUUUUCUCUAGUUGUCUUGCUCUUUCGUUGACCUUCACUCUUUACAUCUUUCAUAUCUUGUUUUCAUUCUUUUGACCAUAACUUCAUUUUCAUUCUGAUACCACCCCAUUUCGUAGAAUCUUUGCCUCAAAUUCCUUGCUAUUAAAGUUUAACUGUUCAACUAUAUAUAAUAUGUCGUUUGUCUUAUCACUCUACUCUCUAGGACACUUUGGCAGUAGUUUUGUGACAUUUUUGGUGAAGCCGGUUUUCGUGCAUGGCUUAUCUGGUGUUCUUCAUCUACUGUUGUUAUUGGCGCUUUUAGUGUCAUUACUGUGGAAGAAAGUCACUGUAGGAGCCAGAGAACGCUCCAAAGAGAACAAUAAUAACACCUUGUUUGCAAGGAUUCCUCUUUGUUCUUUCGUUGUUUCUGCUAUAAAUCUUCUACUCUUUUUGUUUGAUUACUUUUGUUGGUAUAAAAAUGGUUGGUCACUAGGAAAGUUUCUGACCCUUCUGGAUUUGGUGCUCAAAACGGUUGCUUGGGGGGUUGGUGGUGCUUUUUUGCAUGGGGAACUCUUCAUUUCAAGGGAAACAAGAUUGCCGUUCUUCUUCAGAGCUUGGUGCGUCCUUUACCUCUUUGUUUCCGGUUAUUGCUUUAUAGUGAACAUUGUUCUCUAUGAAAAGCAUGCUGCUUUGCCUAUUCAGUGCUUAGUUUCUGAUGUUUCCUCUGUUUGUGUGGGUUUAUUCUUCUGUUACUUGGGUUUUUUUGUAAAGUUUGAGGCUGGAGUGAGAAAUAGUACUCUUCAAGAAUCUCUUUUGAAUGGUGAUUCAAAUGAUAAUGAUGUGUUUGGGAUUAAUGAGACCAAGGGGGGUGACACUGAUACCCCUUACUCUAAUGCUGGAAUUUUUGGCAUUCUUACCUUCUCUUGGGUUGGUCCUCUGAUUACUCUUGGAAAGAAGAAGACUUUGGACCUUGAGGAUGUUCCCCAACUCGACAAAAGAGACAGUUUAGUUGGAGCAUUUCCAACUUUUAGGGAUAAGCUUAAGGCAUGUUGUGGAGCAAGUAACACAGUGACCACACUUGAGUUAGUGAAGUCAUUAGUAUUCUCAACCUGGACAGAGAUUAUUGUCACAGCUAUCCUUGCAUUGGUGAACACAUUGGCGACUUUUGUCGGUCCCUAUCUCAUUGAUGGUUUUGUUCAAUACCUUAAUGGAAAACGACAAUUUGAAAAAGAGGGCCUUGUUUUGGUGUCUGCAUUUUGUGUGGCAAAGCUUGUGGAGUGCCUGACAAAGAGGCACUGGUUCUUUAGGUUGCAGCAGGUUGGAAUACGAAUGCGAGCACUGCUUGUGACAAUCAUAUAUAACAAAGCUUUGAACCUUUCAUGUCAAUCAAAGCAAGGACAGACCACAGGGGAAAUAAUCAACUUCAUGAGUGUGGAUGCAGAAAGAGUUGGUGAAUUCAGUUGUCACCUACACGAUCUGUGGUUAGUAGUCCUACAGGUUUUAGUAGGCUUGUUGGUUUUGUAUAAAAAUCUUGGGCUUGCUACAAUUGCUGGAUUUGUUGCAAUUCUCAUUGUAAUGUGGGCAAACAUUCCCUUGGGUUCAACCCAAGAGAAGUUUCACAACAAGUUGAUGGAGUCAAAAGAUGAGAGAAUGAAAGCAACAUCUGAGAUUUUAAGGAACAUGAGGAUUCUCAAACUGCAAGGAUGGGAAAUGAAGUUUUUGUCUAAGAUAACUAAACUCAGAAAGAUUGAGCAAGGCUGGUUAAAAAAAGUUAUAUACACUUUAGCCAUCAUCAUAUUUUUAUUUUGGUGUGCCCCAGCGAUUGUGUCUGUGGUUACUUUUGGUACUUGUAUGCUGAUAGGGAUUCCUCUUGAAGCAGGGAAGAUCUUGUCUACACUUGCAACAUUCCAGAUUCUCCAAGAACCCAUUUAUAAUCUUCCAGAGACAAUUUCAAUGAUGGCACAAACUAAGGUUUCUCUUGACAGGAUUGCAUCUUUCCUUCGUCUCGAUGAGAUGCUAUCUGAUGUUGUGAAGAAGCUUCCGCCGGGUAGUUCUGAUAUAGCAAUUGAAGUGGUUGAUGGGAAUUUCUCUUGGGAUUCAUUUUCCCCUAAUAUAACAUUGCAAAACAUAAAUCUAAGAGUUUUUCAUGGCAUGAGGGUUGCAGUUUGUGGUACUGUUGGAUCAGGCAAGUCUACUUUACUUUCUUGUAUAUUGGGAGAAGUACCAAAGAAAUCAGGGAUCCUACAGGUGUGUGGAACAAAGGCCUAUGUAGCUCAGUCACCAUGGAUACAAAGUAGCACCAUAGAGGAUAAUAUAUUGUUUGGCAAGGAUAUGGAAAGGGAAAGGUAUGAGAAGGUCCUUGAAGCUUGUUGCCUAAAGAAGGAUCUAGAUAUUUUAUCAUUUGGAGAUCAGACUAUUAUAGGAGAGAGGGGGAUAAAUUUGAGUGGUGGACAGAAGCAAAGAAUACAAAUUGCUCGUGCUCUAUACCAUGAUGCUGAUAUAUAUCUAUUUGAUGAUGUGUUUAGUGCUGUGGAUGCUCAUACAGGAUCUCAUCUUUUUAAGGAAUGCUUACUAGGCCUUUUAAGUUCAAAGACAGUGGUUUAUGUCACUCACCAAGUAGAGUUCUUACCUGCGGCUGACCUUAUCUUGGUCAUGAAAGAUGGGAAUAUUACUCAAUGUGGAAAAUAUAAUGAUCUGCUCAUCUCGGGCACUGAUUUUAUGGAACUUGUUGGUGCUCAUAAAGAAGCUUUGUUUGCACUUGAUUCAUUAGAUGGAGGGACAGUAUCUGCUAAAAUAAGUGUCUCUCUUUCUCAUGCUGUUGAAGAAAAAGAAGUAAAGAAAGAUGUGCAAAAUGGUGGAGAAGAUGACAAAUCACAUCUAAAAGGUCAGCUUGUUCAAGAAGAAGAAAGAGAGAAAGGUAAAGUUGGGUUUUCAGUUUAUUGGAAAUAUAUAAUAGCAGCAUAUGGAGGAGCACUUGUACCACUCAUAUUGUUGGCUGAAAUUUUGUUCCAACUUCUUCAAAUUGGAAGCAACUAUUGGAUGGCUUUGGUAACUCCUAUCUCAACUGAUGUUGAGCCUUCUGUUGGAGGAAGCAUGCUUAUAGUUGUCUAUGUAGCUUUGGCCAUAGGAAGUUCUGUUUGUGUCCUUGCUAGAGCAACACUUGUUGCCACAGCUGGUUAUAAGACAGCUACUCUACUCUUCAACAGCAUGCAUUUCUGCAUUUUUCGCGCUCCAAUGUCAUUUUUUGAUGCCACUCCAAGUGGAAGAAUCCUUAAUAGGGCUUCGACUGACCAAAGUGCAGUGGAUAUAGACAUUCCUUUUCAAGCUGGAUCACUUGCUUCUUCUGUGGUACAUCUUCUUGGAAUUAUAGUGGUGAUGUCUCAAGUAGCAUGGCAGGUUUUCAUUGUCUUCGUUCCUAUCACAGCAAUUAGCAUUUGGUAUCAGCAAUAUUAUUUACCAUCGGCUCGGGAGCUAUCCCGUUUAGUUGGGGUAUGCAAAGCUCCUGUCAUCCAACACUUUGCUGAAACAAUAUCAGGUGCAUCAAUCAUCAGGAGCUUUGAUCAAGUACCAAGAUUUCAGCAAACAAUUAUGAAACUAAUGGAUGGAUAUUCUCGCCCCAAGUUCAACAAUGCUGGUGCUAUGGAAUGGUUGUGCUUCCGAUUAGAUAUGUUGUCUUCUAUCACAUUUUCCUUUUGUUUGAUAUUCUUGAUAUCUAUUCCACAGGGAUUCAUAGAUUCAGGUGUUGCUGGUUUAGCUGUAAUCUAUGGCCUUAAUCUGAACAUUGUACAAUCAUGGAUGAUAUGGGAACUUUGCAACAUAGAGACCAAAAUUAUAUCAGUAGAAAGAAUACUUCAGUAUACUUCCAUUCCUAGUGAGCCUCCUCUUGUUGUAGAGGAAAACCGACCACAUGAUUCUUGGCCAUCAUGUGGCAGAAUUGAUAUCCACAACUUGCAGGUACGUUAUGCUCCACAUAUGCCAUUUGUGUUGCACAGCCUUGCAUGCACAUUUCAUGGAGGACUGAAAACUGGAAUUGUCGGGAGAACAGGAAGUGGUAAAUCAACUCUCAUACAAACACUUUUCCGAAUCGUUGAGCCUACUGUUGGGAGAAUUAUGAUUGAUGGCGUCAACAUCUCUUCCAUUGGACUGCGUGAUUUGAGGUCUAGACUGAGCAUUAUUCCUCAGGAUCCAACUAUGUUUGAAGGCACAGUGAGAAGUAAUCUAGACCCAUUGGAAGAGUACACAGAUGAACAAAUUUGGGAGGCCCUUGAUAAGUGUCAACUUGGAGAUGAAGUUAGAAGGAAAGAAGGAAAACUAGAGUCUGCAGUUUGUGAGAAUGGAGAGAAUUGGAGUAUGGGGCAAAGGCAAUUGGUCUGUCUUGGUAGGGUGUUGCUUAAGAAGAGUAAGGUCUUGGUGCUUGAUGAAGCUACUGCAUCUGUUGACACAGCUACAGAUAAUUUGAUUCAGCAAACUCUAAGGCAACAUUUCUUUAAUUGCACAGUCAUUACCAUUGCACAUAGAAUAACUUCUGUCAUUGAUAGUGAAAUGGUUCUACUACUUAAUCAAGGACUUAUUGAGGAGUAUGAUUCCCCAACAAGGUUGCUAGAAGACAAGUUAUCUUCUUUUGCUCAACUUGUUGCAGAGUAUACGACAAGGUCCAAUUCCAGUUUUGACCAACUAAAAUAAGGGUUUUUUAAAUUUUUUUUUUGGUUAAAUGGCAUCAAGUUGGUGAAAUUACAAUGAUAAUCACUGUGUCUUGUUCUCAUUUAAUAGAAUAUCAUACUAUCGUACUCUUUAAAUAACAACUAGAAAAACUUAA